GGUCGCGAGACGAUUCAGUGGCUAAAGGUCGCUGUAUAGUGUCAUCCGAUUGGGUGGUAUUACAAAGUUUCGAGAUUUAGAUGAAAUAAUCGGCUGUAGCUAUUUUCCGAAUUAUAAAAUGGGCGAUUCGCAAACUCGAGGAAAGGUAAUAAAAUGUAAAGCAGCUGUUGCUUGGGAUCCAAAAAAAGAUCUGGUGAUCGAAACCGUAGAAGUUGCACCACCCAGGAAGGGAGAAGUCAGAAUCAAGAUACUGGCUAGUGCAUUUUGUCACACGGAUGCUUACACGUUAGACGGUUUGGAUCCAGAAGGAGUGUUUCCAUGCAUUUUAGGACACGAGGGAGCAGGAAUUGUGGAGAGUGUUGGUGAUGGCGUUAAUUCUGUUAAGCCUGGUGACCUCGUCAUUCCUCUUUACAUUCCUCAAUGUAAUGAUUGCAAAUUUUGCAAAAGUUCAAAAACAAAUCUGUGCAGUAAAAUUAGGGAUACUCAGGGCAGAGGGGUUAUGCCAGAUGGUACAUCACGUUUCUCCUGCAAUGGUAAGCCAGUUUAUCAUUUCAUGGGAACCAGUACAUUUAGUGAAUAUACCGUUGUGGCUGAAAUUUCCGUUGCCAAGGUAAAUCCUUCCGCUCUGCCAAACAAGAUAUGCUUAUUGGGAUGUGGCAUUUCUACCGGUUAUGGUGCCGCUCUAAACACUGCCAACGUCGAGGAGGGUUCCACUGUUGCAAUAUGGGGACUCGGAACCGUCGGACUGGCCGUGGCCAUGGGAUGUCGCGAGAGAGGAGCCAAGCGAAUCAUUGGAAUUGACAUUGAUCCGAGUAAACUUGCCUUAGGGAAAAAGUUUGGCUGUACUGAAUUUGUUAAUCCUAAAGAAUUAACAAAACCAACCAAAGAUGCAUUAAUUGAAAUGACUGAUGGAGGCUUGGAUUACACAUUCGAAUGCAUCGGUAAUGUUAACACAAUGAGAGAGGCUCUCGAAUCCUGCCACAAAGGAUGGGGCACAUCCGUCAUCAUUGGAGUGGCUGGCGCAGGAGAAACCAUAUCUACUCGUCCCUUUCAGCUAGUCACUGGACGAAUCUGGAAAGGAUCUGCCUUUGGAGGUUGGAAGAGUAGAGACAGUGUGCCAAAAUUAGUUGACCGGUACAUGGAUGGAAAGUUGGCGGUAGACGAAUUUGUCACUCACGAAGUCAAACUGGAUAACAUCAAUGAAGCAGUCUCUCUUUUGCAUUCAAAAAAAUCAUUGAGAACAGUUAUAACUUUUUGAAUGACUGGAGAGAACUCAUGUUUUUUUGAUAUUUUUUUAGAAUAAAACUUAUUUUCGAGUAUA